CUCUGCUUCCCUUCACUUCUUCGGCAACAAUGUCGUCAUCGCAAUCCAGAAGAGGCGGAGUGUCCCUCCCUGAGAGGCCAGGAGGCCGAGACGACUCCCUCAUCGUGAAGAUCUCCCGCUCCCCCAUCGUUGCCCGCGGAAAACAGGCCGCCGGAGACGCCGCCUUCGUGGCCAAGAAGCUCCUCCGCAGCACCGGAAAAGCCGCAUGGAUCGCCGGCACAACGUUCCUCAUCCUCGUUGUCCCUCUCAUCAUCGAAAUGGAUCGCGAGCAGCAGCUCAACGAGUACGAGCUCCAGCAGGCCAGCAUCCUUGGAACUCCCGCCUCCAUUGGUCCUCCUAAGUGAAGAAUCAAGAACUGCUCUCUCAUUCCUUCGGUUCGGUUUUUCUGUUAUUGUAUUUUUCGACGUUUGGAGAGCAUCACUGUUGGUUGAUUGAAUGAGCGAGUGGUAGCUAGGGUUUUAGGGUUUUAUUGCUUUUAGAUUCAAUAAUUCGUGUGAUUUACCUUAUUAGUAGAGAACUCUUUUUGUUACUUACACUGAUAAGUCAUCAUGUUUUUAUUAUUUAAUUAUGAUUUUGAUGGUAAUUAUGUUGCUGGAUGCCGAAUUUAAUUUGCUGUUAAGGUUUGAGCUGUGAUGGAUUUUUAUAAUGAAGACCCUUAGGGCAUUCA